AUGGACCCAAUCAAUAGACCCCAACCCUCGGCGUCAGGAUCGAUUAGUGUAACGCCCAACCAUCAACAAUUUGGCGGAGAUUCGCUAAUAUACCAAAGUCCACCUCCACCACAAGGAACAGCACAAUUGCAGGGGGAUGUGAACCCAUAUCAAUGGCUACAAUCACAACCAGGGCAACCACACGCUCCGCCUCCCGGGCCAGGGUUUCCCGCUUGGGAUGGGUUUCCAAAUGCGCAACCUCCACAACAUCAUCCUCUUCAGCACAGUCCGCAUGCCCCUCAUCCAUGGGAUUCGUCUAAUCCUCCGGCGCCUGCAGACGAAAGCGGAAAUUAUGGACAGCUCGGACAGCCCGGACAUCCGCAGCAACUCUGGCAGAAUCCGGUACAUCCCGGCGGUCGUGAGGGCGCAUCCGGACCACAUGGAAUUGGGAUUGGAGAUUUGAAUCAACCACUGGAUGGCACGUUAGAGGAAGAAAAAAGUAUUGCUUUCAAAGACCCUAAUCUGUCUAAGGAUGUUAUUAAAAUUUUAAGUAGAACUCUGUACGUCGGAGGAGUAACCCAGUCAACUACAAAAGAGCGACUCUGGGAAAUUUUUUCUCGUCAUGGGAAGGUUGUGAGUGUAACGCUUAAUUAUGACAAAAACAACGCUUUUGUAAAAAUGGAAACACGGAAUGCUGCCAUGCGGGCGAUUGCGGAUAAACGAGUCAAGGUUCGAUGGGGCGUAGGCUUUGGCCCAAAAGACUGCUAUAAUUUUACACAUGGCGAAUCGCUAAUUCCACUUGAUCGCCUAACAGAGACAGACCGGAAAUGGCUAUUGACGUCCAAAGUGGGCGGAACUGGUGGCCGACCCAUACUUGGCGGCAUUGUCCUUGAAGAACCAGAUAUUAUAGUCGGUGAAGGAUAUUCAAGUGGAUCGGCCAACAAACGAGUCAUAACGCAUUUCGGAGAUGGCAAGGGCAAGACUGGUACGAAGACUGAAGGUACGAGUACAAGCAGUAUGGAUGACGUUGUUAGUAUCAAUAGGGAAGAGAUAGAAAAUAAGAGCGAUGGCAUGGCUUGGAUGUCACCACAAGGCGAUGCAUCGAUAGAAUCCAUGAAUACGACGAGUCAAAUAACAGACAAUUCCGUCCUCGCGCCGUUGAUGCUCGCAACGCAAAAGAUUCACGAGACGCAAGAGACGCACGAGGUAAAAGAGACAAAAGAAAGCGGAGGGAUCGAUUACGAGGUGAUCAUUACAGUCCACCGCGAGACGAUACCUACAUACGUAAGAGGUCAAGAUGGGAAGGAAGUGGGAGUAGUAGCGGGAGUGGCAAGUGAGGAACAGAAUUCGUAA